UAUGAAUAGAGUAUGUGCGAAGAUAACAGUAAAUAUAUUGGCGUGAACUCCUUCCAGUAAAGAUUUACAAAUACACAGCCGCAAGUGAAAUCUACUGCAGGUAUAUACGUAACAACAAGAACAUGGCCUUAGAGGAAAUUGAAAUUAAUUAUAAGGAAUUAUAGUGAUUGUACGUGAUUACAACGGCGUUGUGCGUGUUUCAUCAUUACCAGUGGUGCCACAAUGGAUAAUGGCAGGAGUUGGUUCCUGCUAUCAUUGGGAUUACUAUUUCUUCUGAUCCAUAAUAUUGGAGUUACUUGUGCUAAAGUGUCACCAUUUGGAGGUAAUGGAGUAUAUGUUAGUAAUGGAACUCAUAUAUUAAGGGUAGAUCGUGAUACAGGAGGUAUACAUUCCAUUCAUGUACAGAGAGAUGGUAAAAUAGUAGGAUUAGCAGCUGAUAUAGAUGAUGGAUAUUUAUUUUGGUCUGAUGUGAGUCGUAAUCAGAGAGCCAUUUACAGAUCGUGGUUGGAUGGAACAGGUGUAAAGAUAAUAUUGUUAGAUGUACGUGAAUGUUACGGUGUGUCAGUAGAUUGGAUAUCAAACCAUGUAUAUUGGACUGAUUCUGGGAAAAAGACAGUAGAAAUAGCUAACUAUGAUGGUAGUGGUCGCAGACUAUUAGUUAGUAGUGGAUUAGAAAAACCAAGGGGAAUUGUUGUAGAUCCCAUCUUCAAGUUUGUGUUCUGGGCUGAUCAAGGUACAAGGAAAAUAGAACGUUCAGCAUUAGAUGGUACAGAUCGUAAAACACUGGUUCAUGAUGGCUUACAAUGGACCAAUCAAUUGGCUAUUAGUUAUCCAACAAGGAGGUUAUACUGGGUGGAUGAAAGAAAAGAAGAAAUUUUGUCAUCUGACCUCGAGAAUAAUAAUGUCGUCAAAGAAAGGGACAUCGCUAAAAAGACAAAUGGAGAUUCUGUAUUUGGACUGGUUGUCAUUGGAAACACAGCUAUAUUUGGUAUAUCUCGAAGUUCCAGGUUACAAUCAACAUUUGUACAGACACAAGUGCCAUCAUGGAAGGAAGUUCCCAUUCUUCCUCAUGGUCAAGAAUUGUAUAGUUUAGUGGCCGUCAUGCCUACCUUACAGACAUCAAGUGCCCAUCCUUGUGGUGAAAAAAAUAAAGGAGGUUGUUCUCAUCUAUGUCUGCCAACUAGAGGAAUGUCCUAUCAGUGUGCCUGUCCAUCUUUUGGUGGUUUAGCUCUCAGUGUAAAUGGCAAAAAUUGUGAAGUGCCGAGUGAACUUUUGUUCUUCACGUUGAAAGAUUCUGGUAAUGUUGGAUUUAUCUCCCUUACUGGAGCUCAGUCACCGUAUCUAACUUUAGUUGGUAGAAGUACUCAACCUAGUGCUGUAUCUUAUGAUCCUAUCAAUCAGAUGGUAUAUUGGAGUGAUGCAAGUGAAAAUUCUAUUUAUACAGUUAGUUUAGAUGGUACAGAUAAGAAGAUCUUUCUCAAUAGUAGUCAUGGUAUUGGCACAGUUGAUGGUUUGGCUAUGGAUUUUCUAGCUAGACAGCUUUAUUUUACUAACAUGGGUCAAUCAGCACCAGGUCAAGAUGGUGCCGUAUAUUCCUGGCAUCGAAUAGAAAUGAUCAGUUUAAAUCAUGAAAAAAGGAAGACAGUUGUUACAAAUAUUGAAAGACCCAGAGGAUUAGAUUUAGACAUCAGAAAUGGGUUUUUGUUCUAUGGAGACUGGGGCGAUAAACCAAUGAUUGUCCAAUCUCUUUUGGAUGGUUCCAAUCCUAAAGUUAUCUUGGAUAAAGGUCUCAGUAAUCCAAAUGGUUUGACAUUUUAUAAUGGUCGUCUGUAUGUUGCUGAUUCUAAUUAUAAUAAUCGUACUUCCUCCCCACAUCUUAUGGUGUAUGAUGUUUCCAAAAGUUCCUGGCAGCAGUUGAAACUAAGUGCCAAUGUCUCUUUACCAAUGGGGUUAGCAGUAAGAGGAGAUACCUUGUACUAUACAGAUUGGGUUUCCAUGGAAAUGAGUAAUGGAUAUUUAAAAUCGUAUGAUUUACGAUUUGGUGUUGAUAAUAAUGUAAUGUUAACAGGAGCAAGACCUACAGGUUUACAUUAUUCUCCAUUAGCUAGACGAAGACAAGUCCCGAAAUGA